AUGAAAGCUUAUCCUAAAAGAUGUGAUGCCAGUUCCUUUUUCUCUGGUGUUGCUGAUUUGGGUUAUAACUUGUGGAUAAAGAGCUGCAAGGAAGUUGCAUGGUCAAUGAGGCAGGAUGUUAAACCAGUCCUAAGAACUGGCUGCAAUCACAAGGAAAGAUCUUUGGUGAGUGGCUAUGGCUUAAAGCAGCAACAGAGGGUAAAGGGCAAAGAAGAGUCGAGGCAACGGAAACCGCCGACGGCCGGGUUUAAGCCGCACGCGCCACGGGACGACGCUGCAAGUCCGACCGGUGGUCUCUCGUGGCAACGCCUCGGGGCGGGGGCUCGAGAAGGCGGUCGCGGCCUUUCUUCCAAGAUCAUCGGGCACUCGGGUAAUUGUACUUGUAAAUCAUUAUGGUGUCCACUCUCUGUUUGUGGAAAUUCCUCUGAUGGCAAUGCUAUUGCUUACCGGGAUGGAAUCCUAGGCACAUGCAUUUGGCUCGACGGACAUGACUCAUGGCACCAAGAAGGCAAAAUCCAACCAAAUAGCAAUGCAGGACACGUGUGGGGCAGUUCAAGGAAAUUUUUGUGGGUGGAAAGCAUGGGCACCAUAACCAUGAAUUCGGUUCAUCAAGACAUGGGCUCUGUCAAGUGGCUAGGCUCCCUUCUCGCUACAUCUCAUUGGAAGCAACUAUUUCACCACCAUGAUUGUAGUAAGCUGGGGGUGCUGUCAGUCUGCAGUCAGCACCGGAGCCAACACGAAAGGCCUCUCUUACCAGAUUGGGCGGUGAGAAUCAUGAGGAACCCCCGGACUCUGUGUCAGACCAGCUACAAAACCCUCCACCGAUCAGUUGCCACCGGGAGGAAAGAGCCUGGCCAGAUGACAUGACGUGAAAGUAUCAGCACAAGCAGAAGCAGAAGCCAUCGUUGGCCUGGCUGGCUCCCACCGCGGCACUCAGAGCCCCAACGGGGAAUGCUGAUCUCCCUGCUUUAACCAUCGGAAAUUAGAGCUCCUCCCCUGGGGAAGCGUGUCGCGGUCGUCGCGGAGGGGAGAGGGAAUUCAGAUGCGUGCUCCGUGCUGCUGUGGACGCCAUUGUUGAGAAAGAUCGAUCUUGUUUGUGUUCACUUCCAAAUCGAUCUUGUUAAGAGAGAUAGAGAGAGAGAGAGAUUAGAGUAACCGGCCUGUUGCUAGUGUAGGCUAUAGAACAAUCACGCAAAGCUUAUGUUGAAGUUGAUGUCAAAUAUGACAAUAGGAUUCUGAUAGAACACUCUAUUUUGGAGUGUCUACUCUUCUACUAAAUUUGCUAUGUUCAUGGAUGGCUAAUAUUACUGCUUGCAAUUCGAGCCUAAUAUUUGGA